GGGCACUUUUUGUGAUGGCUACUUCACUUCUAGGGGAGGAGCCGAGGUUGGGAUCGACUCCUUUAGCCAUGUUAGCUGCUACCUGUAACAAGAUUGGGAGUCCGAGCCCUUCGCCGUCCUCCAUUUCGGAUAGUUCCUCUUCGUUUGGGAAAGGCUUUCACCCGUGGAAAAGAGCCACCGCCAGUAGCUGCAACCUAGGAUCCAGCCUAUCCGGUUUCGGCGUCUCCGGGGUCUCCAGGAACGGAGCCGGUCUGUCGGACUCAUUUGGCGCGAACAGUUCCACUGGAUCCAGUGCCUUUUCUUUGACGUCCGGCACCUCAUCGAAUUCCCACUUUGGAAACGAUUACUCUGUUUUCCAAGCCUCUGUUUCAAACAGUUCUCAAGAGCCUAACCACCAGCCCGUUUUUAUUUCCAAGGUUCAUACGUCGGUGGACAGUUUGCAAGGCAUCUAUCCGAGAAUGAGCGUUGCGCAUCCGUACGAAUCGUGGUUCAAGUCGUCCCAUCCUGGCAUACCUACGGGGGAUGUCGGUACCACAGGCGCUUCAGCGUGGUGGGAUGUAGGUGCAGGGUGGAUUGAUGUACAGAACCCGAAUGGGGCGACGCUGCAGACAUCCCUGCACUCCGGGGGACUUCAGACGUCGCUGCACUCUCCUUUGGGGGGCUACAAUUCAGACUAUUCUGGUUUGAGCCACUCCGCCUUCAGUACAAGCGCAUCUCCGCACCUCUUGACAACCGGUCAGCAUCUGAUGGACGGGUUCAAGCCCGUACUUCCCUCGUACCCAGAUUCCAGCCCGUCUCCUUUAGCAGGGGCAGGCGGAACUAUGUUGACUGGAGGUCCCACGUCUUCCUUAGCGGGGUCUCCUCGGUCGUCAGCGCGGCGGUAUUCCGGCAGAGCCACCUGCGACUGUCCAAACUGCCAGGAAGCAGAGAGACUGGGGCCGGCGGGAGCAAGCCUGCGCCGCAAAGGGCUUCAUAGCUGCCAUAUCCCUGGGUGCGGGAAAGUAUACGGCAAAACUUCGCAUCUCAAGGCUCAUUUAAGAUGGCACACUGGGGAGAGACCAUUUGUGUGUAACUGGUUAUUUUGCGGAAAGAGGUUCACGCGGUCUGACGAGCUCCAGCGACACCUCCGCACACAUACCGGUGAGAAAAGGUUCGCUUGCCCGGUCUGCAACAAGCGAUUUAUGCGCAGCGACCACCUCAGUAAACAUGUAAAAACUCACAGCGCCGGGGGAUCGGCUGGGUCGGGCUCCGGUGGCAGCGGAGGGAAACGGGGGAGCGACACCGACAGCGAGCACAGUGCACCAGGCAGCCCUCCGUGCCAUUCCCCGGACCUGUUGCAGCCGCCCGAAUCUGUCCAGACAGCGGUCAUGAACGGCCACAAUAACCCUAUCGAAUGA